AUGUCAGUUGAAGAAUUAAAACAAACAGUUUCUAAAUUACAAGAAAGAAUUGCACAUUUGGAAAAAAAAACUGGUAUUAUUCCAAAUGUACCAAAAUCAAUUAGAGCUAUUUUAAUUGGACCUCCAGGUUGUGGUAAAGGAACUCAAUCUGAAAAUUUAAAAAAACAAUUUUGUGCAUGUCAUUUAUCAACAGGUGAUAUGUUAAGAGCUCAAGUUGCCGCUAAAACAGAAUUGGGAAUUGCAGCUAAAAAAAUCAUGGAUCAAGGUGGGUUAGUUUCAGAUGAAAUUAUGGUUAAUAUGAUUAAAAAUGAAUUAAAUAAUAAUAAAGAUUGUUCAAAAGGGUUUAUCUUAGAUGGUUUCCCAAGAACUAUUCCACAAGCUGAAAAAUUAGAUGAUAUGUUGGGAGAAAAUAAAAAACCAUUACAAUCAGCUAUUGAAUUUAAAAUUGAUGAUGAAUUAUUAGUUGCUAGAAUUACUGGUAGAUUAAUUCAUCCAAGUUCAGGUAGAUCAUAUCAUAAAAUUUUCUCUCCACCAAAAAAAGAAAUGACUGACGAUAUUACUGGUGAACCAUUAAUUCAAAGAUCAGAUGAUAAUGAAGCUUCUUUAAAGAAAAGAUUGGGAACUUAUCAUUCAAUGACCGAACCAAUUGUUGGAUAUUAUAAAAAAACAGGUAUUUGGAAAGGUAUUGAUGCUUCUCAAAAACCACCAAAAGUUUGGUCAGAUAUUUUAAAAUGUUUAGGUCAAAAUUAA